AUGAUGUCCAUGAAUAGCAAGCAGCCUUUCGGCAUGCACCCCAUCCUACAUGAGCCCAAAUACACGACUCUGCACUCAAGCACAGAGGCCAUCCGGAGAGCCUGUUUGCCCACCCCACCGUUGCAAAGCAAUAUUUUCGCCGGACUUGAUGAAACUUUGCUGUCCCGAGCCGAAGCCCUGGCAGCCGUGGAUAUUGUAUCGCAGAAAAACCAUCCCUUUAAGCCAGAUGUCACCUACCAUACAAUGAGCAGCGUGUCGUGCACUCCUACCUCAUCUACUGUACACCUACCCCAUCCAUCGGUGUUGACCUCCCAUCCCCACCACCACCAUCACCAUCAGUCCGCCCAGGGGCUGGAAGGAGACCUCCUGGACCACCUGAACCCUGGUCUGUCCCUGAGUGGAAUGACAGGACCCGAUGUGGGGUCCACGCCAUCACAUCCCCACGCACACAUGCCUGGCAUGAACCACAUGUCACAUCACCCUCAUCACCACCAGCCUAUGAACAUUUCCCAUUCCCACGCCUUGUCGGCCCACAUCGGCCUUGGAAGCAAUGAGGGAGAGGCAGAUCCAAGGGAGCUCGAGUCCUUCGCUGAGAGAUUCAAGCAGAGAAGGAUCAAACUUGGAGUGACGCAAGCCGAUGUUGGGUCGGCCUUGGCCAACCUAAAGAUCCCUGGUGUGGGUUGUUUAAGUCAAAGCACUAUCUGCAGGUUUGAAUCCUUAACUCUCUCGCAUAAUAACAUGAUUGCGCUUAAGCCUAUUCUGGAGGCCUGGCUGGAUGAAGCUGAGAGGGCACAGAGAGAGAAAAUGACCAAGCCCGAGCUCUUUAAUGGAGGGGACAGGAAGCGUAAACGUACCUCCAUCGCUGCGCCGGAAAAACGAUCCUUAGAAGCUUAUUUCGCCGUUCAGCCUCGUCCUUCAUCCGAGAAGAUCGCAGCAAUCGCAGAGAAAUUGGACCUGAAAAAGAAUGUGGUGAGAGUGUGGUUUUGCAAUCAGAGACAGAAACAAAAACGAAUGAAAUUUUCCGCCACACAUUAA